UAUUUUGCAAACUGUUCGUUUUGAACAAGGUUACACAAAAACACAUACUUUUUCAAAUAGAAGUGAUUCUGUCUAAUACUUUAGAAAUGGCAUUGUUACUUGAAAACUAUUAUUCACACGAUUUUUUCAAAACAAUCCCAGAAUUGGGUUCGGCUAUCGAUAACUUUGUCGAGAGGAAAAUUUACCUGCUGAUAGACCAACUUGGCCCAAUCUUCCACAAGCACGGUGUUAACCGAGACUAUGGAUUAAUUCUAUGCCAUCGACACUUUGAUAUCGAACAUAAUGAAAUCCUCGUGGAAGUGUUGAAAAAGGACCACCGCGUUAGUGUUGCUACGCCAUGGAAACUUAAUGGGGGCAAAGUUAUACCUAGUGAGGACGAGACACUCGACGUCGUUCGCGAGGAUGCUGACGUGCCUUACGUCAUCCCACAAACAUGGGGAUUUGAUGACAAUGCAGAACUAAAGGCUUAUGAAUUCCUCGCCUCCAGAAUGGAAUUAGGCACACAAAAGCCUCCUCCAGAGUUCGUCGCUGAAUUAUACGAAAAGCUGAAGCAACUUGGGUGCGAGAAGAUUUUCGGGCUGCGUUUUAUCGGCAACAUGAUUGGCCGUGUCUCUUGCGAAAUAACUCCAAAAGGUAAACGUGCCAGUAUUUUGAGUUUUGAUGGCAAGGAUAUGGACAAGACAAAAAUGUUUCAAGUUGUGUUCAUGUUUUGCAAAGAAGAUGGCAUGGGCUUGUGUGAAGAUUGCUCCAGUUCUUGCACUGGAGAUACAGUUUGUAUAAAAAGAUAUUAAACGAGAAUAAAUAAAAAUUCUAU